AUGUAUUUUCUGCAGGAGUAAUUUUUUAUCUUUUAUUAACUGGAAAGCAGCCUUUUGUAGGCUCAGACUAUAAAUAAAUACUACGAGCGAAUAAAUAAUGCGAAAUAAAUUAUGAAAUUCCAGAAUUAAAGUCCGUUUCUUUAGAAGCUUAAGAUUUAUUAAAAAAAAUGUUAGAACCGAAUCCUUAAAAAAGACUAAGUGCAUUAGAAACAUUAGAACAUCCAUUUUUAUAUAGCGAAAAUGUAAAAUAAGAUAUGUAAGUGGAAAUUUUAGGAACUAAAAAUUUAGGUUCAUAUGAUGUGGAAUUCCUCUCUAAUCUUAGAAAUAGAUAAAAAGAAGAAUUAUAAGAAUCACUAGCCAUAGUUUCAACUGGAAAAUUGCCUAUAAAUGGAUUAGAUAAUACAGUUAAUUCCAUUUGUAGUACAAACUCUAUAUAGAAUUUAGAUAAUAAAAGGCAAACAGUGUAGUAUGUUUAGAGUAAAUUUGGAGAAUUAAGUAAAUUUUAAAGUAGAAUUAGAGAAAGUAGUAUAGAUAUAAAAAUUGGUUUAAAUAAAUAAAAUUCCUAAGGAAUAAAUUAAUAAUAAAAUAUGGUGUAAAGUAAAAGAAGUAUACCUUAACAUAGUCUUUUUAAAUAAAUAUUAUAAAAUAACUUGA